AUGGAAGAACUUGCAAAUUUGGAUGCUUCUGCCCUGGAUGAUAUUUUUAAUAACUUCUAUGAUAAAGAAGAGUAUGGAGAUUUUCAGGUUGCAAACAGAAAUUUUAGGGAAAUUGAUCCUGAUGACUUCCUGUUAGAAAAUGAAAAUAAAAAUACAAAAAGAAAAACAGAAAGUGACAUGAAAUUGUUUAUGUCAUUUUUGAUGGCAAAAAAUGAAGCCAGGUUGCCAGAGUACCAGACCUGGGGGUCUGCAGAGUACAUACCUCCAGAUGAACUAAAUCAUCUUCUCUGUACAUGUAUUUUGGGCAUAACCAAAAAAGAUGGUUCCGAAUAUGAACCGACAACAAUCAGAGGAUUUAUCAGCUCAAUUGAUCGUCAUUUGAAAUCAAAAUCAAGCCAUUUAUCCAUUUUUAAAGAUGUAGAAUUCUCUAAAACAAGAGCUGUAUUAACAAAAAAACAACAGCAACUCAAGAGUCUAGGAUUGGGCAACAAACCAAAAACUGCAGAAGUGUUGGAUGAUGCGACCCUGGAUAAAAUGUAUGAAAAUGGUACACUUGGUGAUGGCAAUCCAAGAGCGUUAAUACAUUCCAUGUGGCUUAUUUGUACAAGUUAUUUUGGCAUGCGAACAGGCAAAGAAUGCCAUGACCUCUGCUGGGGAGACGUACAAUUAUGUAUCGACGAGGUGACGGGGCAAGAAUUUUUAAUGUAUGACAAAGAGAGACAAACAAAAACAAGAUCAGGUUGUAACCCUCGAGAUACAAGAACUGUAAAACCAAAGGCAUUUGGCAAUGAUGAAGACACACGAAAAUGCCCUAUUCACCUCUACAAGAUGUACCGAGAUAAAAGACCAGAGAGCAUGUGUUCGGAUGAAAGUCCUUUCUUUCUGACACCAGGCGGAGGCACUCAGAAGAGCUGGUAUAGAAAAGCUCCAAUGGGGAUCAACAAACUAUAUAACAUCAUGAAUGAUAUGAAAUCAGACGCCAACAUUACAAAUUCAAGAAUUACCCCAUAUAGUUCAAGGAAGAGACUGAUACAAAAACUCCAAGACGAGGGAGUUCCAGCAAAUCAAAUAGUACAGAUAGGCACAAGAAUAUCAACCCAAUCAACAACUACAGCAAAAUUAACAAUGAUCAAUCAAAGAACAUUUCUGACAUUUUAUCAAAUAAAAUCAGUAACACUCACUCAGAUCUCCAAGUUCGAAGUUCAACUCCAAAGUCUGCAUGAAUCCGGGUCAGCUCGGCCCUAAAACAUACUCGGCCCCCGAGUCAGCUCGGCCCUAUUCCAACUCGGCACGGGUCAACUCGGCCCACUUUUAAAAAUGGGUAAAGGCACGGAUUUA